AUGACGUCCGGCAGCAAGGAAGCCGAGGGCCAACUCCGUGCGGUGGCCACGCCAUGCGACACGAUGGCGGUGGCGCCUCUGCCUGCAGCCGGCAAGCCGCUGGAGCACGAAACCGAGAAAGCACCGAGCUAUUUUGCCUGGGCGACGUCGCCGCGCCGGUCGUCGCCCGACAGCCUCUCGCGAGACGACGAGCUCAAGCGCACGACCAAGAUGCAUCUGGAGCAGCUGCGCGCGUCGGCCGCGAGCUUGCAGCAGUCGUUGACAAGCGAUCGCCUCGACGGCCUCACGCGCCAGCGUCGGCAGCAGUGCAAGGCCAACAUCGAGCACCUCGACCAGCCAAGCGCCGUCACGAUACCCAUUGUAUCCGAGGCGCUCGGCCCGCCGCUGGCCGCAAUGCUGUCGCCACCACCACUACGAUCGAGUCGUCGGGCCGUCUUGCCGGCGAUGCCCGUGCACCCACUGCCAAUGCACCCUCUGCAUAAGCGGCCGACACCCGAGGGCAUCCAACCCAUGGUGCUCAAACCAUCGACAAUAAUUGCAACGACCAAGCCGACCAAGAAGGUGCGUUUUGAAGUGCCGAUGGUCGGUCGCUCCAAACUGCAAGCGACGCUCGAAGCCCAUUUGAAGCAGCGUCUCGCGCGGGAAAAGAUGCAGCUGUUGCAAAAAAUCCGAGCGCGGUCCCGCAAAUCAAAGGCCAGUUCGACCGACAGCACGGAGCUGCAGAAGACGACGGCGUCACCGACGACAGACAGUCCGAAGGAGGUUCCAUCGACAGCCAACAAAGCACCGGGUCCAACCAUGGUUGCGAGCGCAGACGCGGCAUCGACGAGCCACGAGGCAAACGUCGCCGCAAAGGUGGUUGCAAGCGCCGCGGUCACGCCCAAGCCAGAGAGAGUCCAUCGCGUCCCGAGUCAUAUCGUCGUGCCCUUUUUUCCCCAACGACAUCGCAACACGAAUCCGCUGAUGCUGCACCCUCGGUAUCCGAUCGUGCACCCGCGACACUUGUAUACAACCGAGUAUACGGCGGCGUACUGCAAGCCCAAGCAUCGGACGCUACGGCUCAAGUAGACACUAUUGACCACAACGCAUUGUAUACAAGCAAUUAUAAAUCUUCUUCG